UGUCAACGCCAUCUGAUUGGCGAGCGGGAUUUGGACAAGGAACUUUUGAACACUGUCAUUUUAUCAUUUAAGCAAUGAUUUUUUAACUCGGUUGUCAUGGUUAUCUGGCUAGUUUUUCGAUCUUAUUCAAAAUGACUAGACCUUGAGAUAUCCUUUGAAACAGUUUUUUACUUUAUGACAAAGCUGAAUGAUAUCUAGGCUGCUUGUCUGAACUGUUUUGUUGAGGUAUUACAGUUUGAAUAUCAUGAAAGGAGAAAGGCGGUAUGAUGUCAACCAGGCCAGACAACGCUGCACUUCUUGGCUGGAGGCUCAUCAUUCAGAUAAUGAAGAUCUUGCCCUAGAUGACACAGACCCUCUCUCCGAUCCACUUCAAGAUACUGUCACUUACUCGGCUGAUGAGGAAGUAUCAAAUUACAGUCAACCUGAAAAGAAACGCAAAAGAAAUCCAUUUCGAGAAGAGGAGCUCUCUGAACUCAGCGAAGUGUCUCAAGACCAGCCCAAACAUGGUCGUCCUAAAAAGGUUUAUGACGAUGCUGAAGGGGACACUUCAGUGGCUAGUGACGAGAUGUCAGACAUGGCAUUUAAGAAACCUCUGACCAUAAAAGCUGAAGUCCUCCAACUUGACUGUGGGUGGAAGAAUUGUAGCUAUGUGACAUCAGAGGCAGAAGCGUUUGUCAAUCAUGUUUCAUCCCACAUACCUCAGUUAGGAAUAAAGCGUAAUGAAGAUGAUGAUGAAGAGGUCUACACAUGUCUUUGGGAACGUUGUGAGUUUGAGACUCCCAAUGGUGAUGAGGUGACGCGCCAUGUCAAUUUCCACUCAUACCACACCAAAGUUAAAUACAUCGGAGCUCUUAUAUGCCGUUCUUGGAAACUCCCAGAAUGCACUAACGAUGCUGCAGGUGUCAAUCUUGUUCCCGAUUUACCUGAACCUUUGCAAUGUCUAUGGAAUGAAUGUCCCCUAACUUCUAAUAACCCUAAUAUAUUCUAUGCCCAUGUGGCCAUGCACUCUCAGGAAAUACCCCACUAUGGCCGCGGGGAUAAAAAUAUCAAAAAGUUCAAGUGUUUGUGGAAAGGUUGCAGGUCUGAAAUGCCAUCUAGGAAGCGAAUGCAGGAACAUUUGAGAGGGCAUUCAAAAGAGAGACAAGCUGCUUGUCCAACUUGCGGGGCCCUUUACUCCAGUCGAAUGAGGCUCAUAGAUCACAUUAAAAGACAGGCAGCAGAAGAAAAUUUAACUUACCAGUGCACUCAUUGCUCACGUGCUUACCCAUCAGAGAGAAUAUUAAGAGACCAUAUGCGCCAUCAUGUGAAUCACUAUAAAUGUCAGUUCUGUGAUAUGACAUGCCCCACCCCACACUCUCUUAGUAACCAUAUACGUCAUAGGCACAUAGAUGAGAAACCUUUCGCAUGUGAAUAUUGUGAUUAUAGAGCUAAAACUCAGUACAAUGUAAGGAGACAUAUGGCUACACACUCAGGAGCAGACAAUUUUGUUUGUGAUGAGGAGGAUUGUAGCUUUUCUUGCCGGACACUUAGUAUUCUAAAUUGGCACUACCGUAAGAAACAUGAGUCGCGUGCUGUGUAUUGCUGUCACAUGUGUGAUAUGAGGUUUGCUCGUGGUGCAUAUCUCACAAGACAUUUAAUGAAGAAACACAAUUUUCGUUGGCCUUCUGGUCACACUCGAUUUAGGUUUUACAAAAAUCAUGAAGAUGGUCUAUUUCGCCUUCAAACCGUGCGCUAUGAAAGUCUUGAUGUUGUCGAAGACAUAAAUAGAAGAGAAGGAGAGCCAACAUCUGUCCUAGAUCAGGACUGUAAGUUCAACAUAUCUAAAGCAUCUGGUACUACAAAGGAUGUUGCUGCAAAUUUCAUUGUCAAUGUCAAUGAUGACAAUGAGGAUCCAGAUGAUCCUGAUGCCAUCUGUACUGACAGUGGGGAUUCCCCUUGUAGAGUUCCUUUGAACAUGCCCAGUCUGGACUUUGACAGCCCAACUAAACACAAGACAGUUUAUAUUUCUAUUGAUGAAGUGGAUUGCGAUGGAAAUGUCAUUAGUUCAAAAACUUUAGAAGCAGAAGAACUUAGUGAUGGAGAUGAACUCGAGAAUGCUCAAAUUGUUACUGAUGGUUUCUUUUUAUAAGUAACUAAUAUUAGGAGUAGUAUAAAAAAAUCUUUGUGCCUCCUGACAAACUACAAAUUCAAACAUGUGAUAAACUCUUCUUCAUCCUCUUUUUGCCUAUCUAGAGUGAAUUACAGUAGGGUAGGAUACCUUAUAAAUUAAAAGGUAUAUUUUGGUUUUUCUUUUAGUUUAAAAAUCCAUGUAUGUUUAGUAAAAACUAUGUUCCUUUUAUUUUUUUUUAGCUUUGAGAAUGUGUAGUAUUCACUUUUUCCUUAUAUCAUUGUCUCUUACAUUUUUGCCCAUCCUUUUUUUCUUUUCUUUCUUAGCAUCCAUUUCACUUGGAACAUUUGAGUGAGCAAUUGUUUUAUUUCCAGACAGUCUUCGUACAGACAUUGAUUUUACAUGUCAACUUUGUGAUUUAAUUUUCAUUUUAUUCUUGUUGUUUUUAGUUUUUUCUGACUUUAAAUAAAUCUUAAGUUACUCAUGCA